UCACUCCCUCCAUCACCAAUGGUGAUUGAAGAAGACUCCAUGCGGAAUGGAAGGGGACUGUCUGAUCAGUGGGCAGACUCUGUGGUGGUUCGACCCAGGACAACGGAAAGACACAUCACCGUGCACAGGAGACUGGUACUGGGUUUUGCCAUUUCCAUCCUGGGUCUCAUCAUAGUCACAAUUAUAGCAGUGCUUCUGAGUGUUAAGUUUGAGGAGUGUGCCAAUGACGGCAGCAACAGGGUAGCGAAUGCCACUGUGUAUACCGGGGCCAAGUUGAACCAGACUAGAGAGAGCCUCAGCAACCCCAAUCAUAGCAAAACGGCUGGAAAACCAUGGACACAGCUGAGGCUGCCCAGUUCAGUAAAACCCUAUCAUUACGACCUGAACAUUACAGCUUUCAUGGACAACUUUACUUUCUCUGGAGAAGUCAGCAUUUGGAUGCACUGUGUGAACUCAACCAAGUACAUAGUGCUGCAUGCAGACAAGCUGCCAGUUGAAGGGGCAGAGGUCACUACGGCAAACAGCUCUGACCGCCUCGGAAUUAGAAAAUAUUUCUUAUAUCCGCAGAACCAAGUUUUAGUGAUUAUGUUGACCAGGGAGCUGAAAGCACUGAAACGUUACACUUUAAAAAUAAAAUACAAUGCCAAUAUAGCAGACGAGCUGCUCGGCUUCUUUCGGAGCUCCUAUGUGACAAGUGGAGAGAGCAGCUACCUUGCAGUGACACAGUUUUCUCCUACACACGCCCGCAAGACCUUCCCAUGCUUUGAUGAGCCGGUAUACAAAGCAACAUUUAAAAUUGCCAUCAAGCACCAAGAGCCUUACUUGGCACUAUCUAACAUGCCAGUCAGUGGCAUAAUUCACGAGGAAGAAGGAUGGGUCACAAAGCAGUUUGCAGAAACACCUCGAAUGUCCACUUAUUAUCUGGCCUGGGCAAUUUGCAACUUCACCUUUAAGAACACCGUUACUGAAAGUGGCAUUACUGUGAGGUUGUAUGCCAGGCCAGAUGCUAUUCAACGAGGAUCUGGAGACUAUGCUUUAAAUAUAACAAAGAGGCUGCUGGAAUUUUAUGAAGAUUACUUUAAUGUCAGCUACUCUCUACCAAAAUUAGAUCUGUUAGCAGUUCCUAAAUAUCCAUAUGCUGCUAUGGAAAACUGGGGACUGAGUGUGUUUGUAGAACAAAGGAUUUUGCUGGAUCCCGGAGUUUCUUCCAUACCCUAUUUACUGGACGUCACCAUGGUUGUUGUACAUGAAAUCUGCCAUCAGUGGUUCGGUGACCUUGUGACUCCGAUUUGGUGGGAAGACGUGUGGUUAAAGGAGGGAUUUGCUCACUAUUUUGAAUAUGUUGGUACUGAUUACCUUUACCCAGACUUUAACAUGGAGAAACAGCGAUUCCUGACAGAUGACCUUCAUGAAGUGAUGCUACUUGAUGGCCUGGCAAGCUCUCACCCAAUAUCCCAGGAGGUCCUGCAAGCAACAGACAUUGACAGAGUUUUUGACUGGAUUGCAUAUAAGAAGGGUGCUGCAUUGAUUCGAAUGGUGGCUAACUUUAUGGGACAGCAUAUAUUUCAAAUAGGCUUACAGGACUUUUUAACUGAACACAUGUAUGGUAAUGCAGGAAGAAAUGACCUGUGGAACAAACUUACAGAGACAUUGCAGAAAAUUGGGAAAAACAUAAACAUCAAAGAAGUUAUGGACGAUUGGACAUUACAGAUGGGGUAUCCUGUUGUCACCAUUGUUAGGAAUGAGAGCAGUGUUGAUAUUUUAACAAUCAGCCAAGAACACUUCAUCUAUGAUCUCACUACAAAAUCUGUUAAUCCAGCUUUUUCAAAUAAAAGCUAUUUGUGGGAAAUCCCUCUAACUGUUGCUGUGGGAAACUUAAGCCACAUCUUAUCAGAGGCAAUGAUAUGGAUUAAUAACAAAACAGAGCAUCACAAAAUCAACUUCUUGGAUAACAGUAGUUGGCUUUUAGGAAACCUUAAUCAGACUGGCUACUUUAGGGUUAACUAUGAUUUGAGGAACUGGAGGUUGUUAAUUGAGCAGCUCAUGACCAAUCCUGAGGUGAUCUCAGUUGGUAACCGUGCAGGUCUGAUCGAUGAUGCUUUCAAUCUAGCCAGAGCUGGUUAUUUACCACAGAAUAUUCCCCUGGAGAUUAUAAGAUACCUUUAUAAAGAGAAAGAGUUCCUUCCAUGGCAUGCUGCAAGUAACGUACUGCUUUACCUAGACAAGUUGGUGGAUCGGAACAAGGAGUACAACAUUUUUAGUCAAUAUAUUCUGCAGCAAGUUGCACCUGCGUACAACCUACUAGGAUGGCCAGAGGAUGCAGCAAACAGCUCUAUUGUUCAAGCACCAUACCAGACUGAGGAGCUGCGUCGAAAGGUUAUUAUCUUGGCUUGUAAAUUUGGCAUUGCCCUCUGCCAUGAGAAGGCUGUGUUGCUUCUUUCAGAAUGGAUGGCAAGCGAUCAUAACAGAAUACCACCAAAUGUUAGAGACAUUGCCUAUUGCACUGGGAUUUCCCUCAUGGAUGACAAUGUCUGGGAAUUCAUCUUCAGCAAAUACCAAUCCUCAACUGCGGUUUCGGAGAAGAAAAUUCUACUGGAGGCUUUAGCAUGCAGCAAAAAUACAUUUUUGCUGAACAGGCUUCUUAAUCUGUCACUGAACUCCCAAUUGGUUCCUGACCAGAAUACCAUAGAUGUUAUUAUUCAUGUGGUUAAAUAUCCAAAUGGACGUGAUUUAGCCUGGAAAUUUUUCCGGGAUAAAUGGGCCGUUUUUAAUUCGAGGUAUGGUGAAGCUUUGUUUAUGAACUCCAGACUCAUCAAAGGUGUGACAGAGUUCCUGAGCACCGAAGCUGAACUAAAGGAGCUGAAGGCGUUUAUAAAGAAAGUCGGAGAGGGAACAGAUGCCUCGUUCGCACAAGCCAUUGAAAUUGUGGAAGCAAAUGUUCGAUGGCACGGUCUCCUUGAAGACGAGCUGUUUCAAUGGCUCAGGAAAUCCCUGAACAGUUAGUUUGUAACACUUCUAAAUAUUGAAAGCAUGAAGUACUUUGAUGCAUUUGUAUUAUUUAAAAAUUCUCUACUUUUGCGAGAAAGGGGAAGAAGACCCGCACUGCAGAUUUUGUACUGGUUCUUUUUCUGCAGAUUAUACCAUUCCUUCCUAGUGGCGGGGGAAAGAUUGGAAAAAAAAAUCUGCUUUAAAAAUUAGACAUGGCUUCAUGGGAC